AUAUGAUUCAUCGUUGAUCAUCACCCGUAAAACCUAUUUUCGAUUCAACCAAAGAAAUUUUUAAAUUCCAAAAGAAUAUGAUGUGAUUACAACGACGAGAACAUCUUUUUCUUCAAUUUUGCAUUUAUUCAAUGUUUAGAUUUACAUAGACAUCAACUUUAAAUUAUAAUUUGUAAGGAUAAUUCCAUCCUUAUCAUCAUCUGUGCCAAUCAAUCAUCGAAUUUCAUAAUUUCUUCUUCAUCAUCUGCAUUUUUUUUCCUAAUUAAAUAUAUCACCAAAUACAAAAAAGUAAACAACGAUGCCAUUAGAACAAAGAGUUAUACAACCAAUUUAUGUAUCACGUGGUUGUUUUCAACCAACCGGUAAUAAUAUAUCAACAACAAAUAAUCAACCAAUAUCAUUACCAAAUAUACCAAAUGAAUUAGAAUGUGUUACAAAUGGUACACUUGGUAAUAUUAUUAGACAAUUAUCAUCAUUAUCAAAACAUGCUGAAAAUUUAUUUGGUUGUUUAUUGGAUGAUUUACAAUCAAUGUUACAACGUUCAGCACAAUUACAAACAAGAAUUGAACAAUUAUCACAACAUGUUGAACAUUUAGAUUCAUCAUCAUCAUCACAGGAUAAUUCUCAUUAUAAUGAUCCUUAUUAUUAUCGUCAUCAACAACAAACAAUGAUGAUGAUGAUGAUGACAAUAAGAAAACCAAUUAUACAUCGUAGUGGUGGUGGUGGAUCGACAGGUAUUUCAUCUACCGGUAGUGGUGAACAAUUUGAUCAACAAGUUGUUGCACGUACAACAAUACCUGAUUCAUUACGUGAAGUAUAUCAACGUUGUGAUCCACCACCAUCAUUAGAUAAAUUAAAUCCAUUUCGUGAUGAUAAUAUUAAUGGUUUAACGCUUUAUACGAAUCCAAAUUAUUUUUUCGAAUUAUGGCGUAAAGAAAUGUUACAAGAACCACAUUCAUCCAAACAUUCACGAUCAACAAAAAUUGCCAAAAAUAAACAACAACAUCAUGGUGGUGAUAUACAGAAUACAUCAGGUGGUUCAUCGAAAUCAUCAACAAAACGAAAUCGUCAACAAACAUCAGCGAAUAAACAAUUACAUUAUCAAUCAUCAACUGAUUCAAAUUCAUAUGGACAAUUGCCACCACCACCACCACCUUCCCAGCAACAACAACAACAAUAUUAUCCAUCAACAAAUCAGCCAACUUCUCAUUAUCAUCCGGGUUUUUAUACGACACAACAACAGCAACAACAAAUGGAAAUUUUAACAGCAAAACAAAUAAUACCAGGAUCUGGAACAGGAUAUACUGUGAUUGAAGGAUCAUAUAUAGAUCCAAAUAAUUAUCAACAUCAUUAUGUACAACAUCAUCAAUAUAAUAAUAAUAAUAAUAAUAAUACUAAACCUACAUCGAUACCUUAUCAACAGCAACCUGGAUUACAACAACAACAACAAUCAGCUAGACCUAAUUCUCUGGAAUUACAACAUCAACAGCAGCAACAACAACAACAACAGAAUUAUUAUUAUCAAAAUAACCAACAACAACAAUCCGGUUAUAAUUUAUCAUCUGGUCAAACAAGAAUGAUUUCAACACAGCAACAACAACAACAACAAUAUGGAACGACAACAAUGCCAUAUGGACAACAACAACAACAACAUACACCACCUCAACAAUAUUCUCCAAGUGCUAAUAUGGCCAAUAAUAAUAAUACAACACCAACAAGACGUUUAUCUGCUGCUCAAGUAUCAAGGCCUUCAGCACCGCCACCUGCACCACCAGGUGGAAGUGGUAGUAGUUCCAGUGCAAAUUCUCAGCCAGGAACACCAAGAAAAACGUCAAUGAUGAUGAUCAAUGGACAGGAAGUAGAAAUGCGACAAGAUUCUAUGAAUAAUAAUCGAAUGGUUUCAAGAGAUUCACUUCCACCGCCACCACCACCACCACCUCCUCCUUCUGCUUCACAAAAUGCUCAAAUGUCAAAUGGAAUGGCUAAUGAUAUGAUUGAUACAUCAUUACCACCUCCUCCGCCACCUCCCCCUCCAACAGGAGCAAUGACAACCACUUCAUUCAACAAUAAUAAUAAUAAUACAAAUUCAAACAAUAAUUAUACCUCAACACCUCCACCACCACCACCAAUGAAUGGAAAUGGUAUGAUUCCGAUGAAAAAUCAACAAGCAUCAUAUAAACAACAAACAGCAAAUAAACCGACAGCUGAAGAAUUAAAAUCUGUUGUCCUUAAAAAAAUCGAUCCAAAUUCAUUAACACAAUCGAAUGCUAAUGAUGAUGUACGAUCAAAUUUAUUGGCCGCCAUAAGACAUGGUAUAAAAUUGAAACGUGUUGCUGAAGAAAAGAAAAGAGAAGUUGAACAAAAUGUUCCAUUACAUGAUGUUGCAUCAAUAUUGGCACGUCGUGUUGCAUUAGAAUUAUCCGAUUCAGAUGGUGUUGAUGGUGGUGAUGAUGAUGAUGAUGGAAAUGAAAGUGAUCCAUGGGAUGAUGAAAGUGAAUGUUGAAAACAAUAACAACAACAAAAAACCACCACCAUCCAUCAUUGUUUGCACAAAUAAUUUCGAAUUAUUCUUAUCCGUGUUAUCAAAAAUUUUUUCUUCUUCUUUAUCAAACAUAUAUUUGUAGAUAGUCGAACAAACAAAGGGGAAAAAAAUUUUGGCUACUAUCUCCCCAACAUUCUAUU